AUGGAGCUCACCACCGGCGGUGGCGCGCACGGCGCUGGAGGACCUGUCGGAGGAUGCGCUGCUCGCCGCCGCCGCUGCCUCAUCGCGACCGCGUCCUCCCGCGGAGAGGAUGCAGAGGUAGAGCUGGGUCGCGCAGGUGCCGUCGACGCCGGCGUUGCCAAUGACGUGAUGGAUCCAGCGCACCUCGUGCUCGAGCUCUGGCUCGAGGAACCAGCAGAGCUCGGCGGCCGGAUAAGUAGCUCAUCACCUGCCACCACGGAUGAUAGUCGCUGCUGCUCGCGCAGGAGGGAGAGAGAGUGGGAGGGGGAGGCGAGCUCGGAGCCUCCGCUACCGUGUAGCCUCCACCGCGCCGCCAGCGCACACGCCUCCGCCGAGCAACUGUGCGUGGGCCUCCGCCGCGCCGCCGCACGAAGGAGCCGUCGGGGCGGGCCAGGUGGCAGAGGAGCAGGGGAGGGAGGAAAGAGCAGGGGAAGGAGCCGUUGCACGCAGCGCCUGCCGGGGCCGCGGCCAAGUCCGCCCGCGGCGCAGCCAGGGGGCUGCGACCGAGCUUCGCUAGCGGUGCCGCCGAGCUCCGCCUGCACUGCGUGCGAAGGGCCGCGGCCGAGUCCGCCCGCGGCGCCGCUAGGGGGCCGCGACCGAGCUCCACCCGGAGCAGGGGAGGAGCCGUGGGCAAGGAGAAGGAAGGGUAUGGAGGAGAAGCCGGCGUGCGUCCCACCCCGCUCUCUCGCCCAGUCCGUGCCACUCCGCCUUCGCCUUCGCCGCUCGCCGCCCUCCUGCACGCACCGCUGCCUCGCCGCUCCGGCCGCCGUGCGCCGUGCGUCCGCCCACGGUCGUGGGAGGGGCGCAUGGCGGUCUGAGCAUGGAGCCGAGCUCCCCGUCGUUCCCUGCAACGGAGAGGAGGCCUGGGAGGCCGGGGCUCCAUCGACGGGCAAGCCGGCGGUGACACCGUUUCUCUCUCACUGCCGCAUUCGUCAGCUCGCGGAGGAGGAGACCGGGGACGCAGCUGCGGGCACAACGCCAUGA